ACUUUUCGGCAGUAGACGGCACCACUCAAAAUGUCAAAUCCCAAUACAUGACAAUUUCCUGUUGGGCCACAUUUCCUCUUCUUUCUAAACAUCCAAGAUGGUGAAUGUGCCGAAACAGAGACGUACUUUUUGCAAGAAAUGCAAAGUACACAAACCUCACAAAGUGACACAGUACAAAAAGAGUAAAGAACGUCAUGCAUCACAAGGUAGGAGACGUUACGACCGUAAACAGCAAGGUUUCGGUGGACAAACGAAGCCUAUUUUCAGAAAGAAGGCAAAGACGACUAAAAAGAUUGUCUUGAGAAUGGAAUGUACAGAAUGCAAAUAUAGGAAACAGAUCCCUCUCAAGAGGUGCAAGCAUUUCGAGUUGGGAGGUGACAAGAAAAGAAAGGGACAAAUGAUCCAGUUCUAAAUUGAAGUUAUCUAUGUUAACUUUCUUUUUGUAUUUAAAAUGAAAUGAAAUAAACCUCUUGGAAUCCAUA